CUGGCCAGCAACAGCAGCAGCAGACGUACCGUUGUGUCGCCAGCCGGGCACCGCCAGCAGGGACCAGGGGAGAGUCAGCCAAGUAGCGCCUGCAGCAGCCGUCACCCGGGAGUGUCAGCACCACCUGCCCGCCAUGGAGGACAAGUUUUGCUUCGCCAUUGACCGCGGCGGCACCUUCACCGACGUGUAUGCCCGCUGUCCGGGGGGAAGGGUGCGAGUGAUGAAGCUGCUCUCCGAGGACCCCAGCAACUACCCCGACGCCCCCACCGAGGGCAUCAGGCGCAUCGUGGAGCAGGAAACUGGAAAAAGUUCUCCGAGAACAAAGCCAGUGGAUACAAGCAAUAUUGGUUGGAUUCGCAUGGGCACAACAGUGGCUACCAAUGCCCUCCUGGAAAGGAAAGGGGAGAGAAUAGCACUGGCAAUAACUGAAGGUUUCAGGGACGUACUACACAUUGGCAACCAAGCUCGACCAAAUAUUUUUGAUUUGAAAAUAGUGUGCCCUGAAGUACUCUAUGAAGAAGUAGUGGAAGUGAGAGAACGAAUUGUGCCUCGCUUAGAUACAUCAACAGAGGAAAUUGCUUUAGAAAAAUGGAGAGUUGAACAAGGGUCAACAGGAGAAGAGCUUCUUGUUAUGAAACAAGUUGAUGAAGUUCAGCUUAGGCAAGAUUUGCAGCAAAUCUUGGAUAAGGGUAUAACAUCACUGGCUGUUGUGCUUUUACACUCAUACAUGUAUAAGGUUCACGAGGAAAAAGUUGGAGCCAUUGCCCUUGAAAUGGGAUUCAGUCACGUCUCUCUCUCCUCACAUGUCAUUCCUAUGGUGAAGGCUGUGCCCCGAGGCUUCACUGCAAGCUCAGAUGCUUAUCUCACCCCUCACAUCAAGGCAUAUCUCAAGGGAUUUUCUGGGGGCUUCAAGAACAAUUUGAAAGAUGUGAAUGUGCUCUUCAUGCAGAGUGAUGGUGGACUUACACAAAUGAACAGAUUCAAUGGCUCUCGAGCCAUUCUGUCUGGCCCAGCUGGUGGUGUGGUUGGAUAUGCUAUGACCAGCUAUAAGCAGCUUGGUAGUCAGCCAGUCAUUGGAUUUGAUAUGGGUGGCACAUCAACAGAUGUAUCUCGUUAUGCUGGUCAAUAUGAACAUGUAUUUGAGAGCACAACAGCUGGAGUUACAAUUCAGGCUCCACAGCUUGACGUGAACACUGUUGCUGCUGGUGGUGGAUCACAGUUAUUUUUCCGCUCUGGGAUGUUUGUGGUUGGCCCGGAGUCAGCGGGUGCUCACCCAGGCCCUGUUUGUUACAAAAAGGGAGGUCCACUGGCUGUUACUGAUGCUAACUUAGCAUUAGGAAGACUGUUGCCUCAGUAUUUCCCCAAGAUAUUUGGUCCCAAAGAAAAUGAGCCUCUUGAUAAAAAGAGAACAAUGGAAGCCUUCAAGCAAGUUGCUAAAGAGGUCAAUGCCUUCAACUUAGAUAACAAGAAAAUCAAGGUUGAGGAGGUGGCCAUGGGGUUCAUCCGAGUGGCUAAUGAAGCAAUGUGUCGGCCCAUUAGAGCCCUCACACAGGCCAAGGGUCAUGACACCUCUCAGCAUGCCCUGGCUGUGUUUGGGGGAGCUGGGGGUCAGCAUGCAUGUGCUGUUGCUCGAGCACUUGGCAUGCAAACUGUCAUCAUUCAUAAGUAUGCUGGCAUCCUCUCAGCAUAUGGAAUGGCCCUUGCAGAUGUUGUUCAUGAGGCACAAGAGCCCUGUGCCAAAGUCUAUGAGCCAGAGAACUUUGGGUACUUUGACUCUCGUCUUGAAGUUUUAGAAGCUGAAUGCAUAAAGUCACUCAAGAACCAAGGCUUUUGCUCUAGAAACAUCGUUUGUGAAGCUUACCUGAAUCUUCGGUAUGAAGGAACAGACUGUGCAUUGAUGUGUUCAGCUGUCAAGAAAACAAGUACUGAGAAGAGUAAAGUGUGUUCAUUUGGUGACUUCCAAGAAGCCUUUAUAGAAAGAUACAAGAGGGAGUUUGGUUUUAUUAUUGAAAACCGAGAGAUCAUUGUUGAUGACAUAAGAGUCCGUGGAAUAGGAAAGUCUGUUAUUGAAGAAGAAGAAACCAUUGCUCAAUGUGAAGGAAAUCCUACAUCAGAAAUUGUAACAAGUGUAUACUUCGAGGAGGGUUGGCUGGACACCAAGGUCUUCAUGUUGUCCUCAUUAUCUGCUGGCCAUUGUAUUGCUGGCCCAGCCAUCAUCAUGGACAAGUUAUCCACAAUUUUGAUUGAACCAGAUUGCACAGCGAGUAUCACCAGCAAAGGGGAUGUCUUAAUCAAGAUUGGGGAGACUAAAAGAAAGAAGAUUGGCACGGAAAUGGAUGCAAUCCAGCUUUCCAUAUUCUCUCAUCGUUUUAUGAGUUUGGCUGAACAGAUGGGAAGAAUCCUACAGAGAACAUCAAUUUCAACAAACAUCAAAGAGAGAUUAGACUUCUCAUGUGCUCUCUUUGGUCCUGAUGGAGGGCUGGUGUCCAACGCUCCUCAUAUUCCUGUUCACCUUGGAGCAAUGCAAGAGACUGUCCAAUACCAGUUGAACGUUCUAGGAGAUGAAAUUAAAGAUGGAGAUGUUUUGCUGUCUAACCAUCCAUCUGCAGGUGGCUCACAUUUGCCUGACCUGACUGUUAUUACUCCAGUAUUUUAUAGAAAUGAGAAAAGCCCAGUUUUCUAUGUAGCCAGCCGAGGUCACCAUGCAGAUAUCGGCGGCAUCACACCCGGGUCCAUGCCUCCUCACUCCACCUCCAUCCAGGAAGAAGGAGCAGUGUUCAUGUCCUUCAAAUUGGUUGAGCAAGGAAUUUUCCAGGAGGAAAAGCUAGUUGAAGCACUUAUGGCUCCAGGCAAGAUCCCAGGAUCCUCUGGAACUCGGAAUCUGAAGGAUAAUCUGUCUGACCUACGUGCUCAGGUUGCAGCAAAUCACAAGGGUAUCCAACUUGUGAAUGAGCUAAUUGACUUCUACAGUUUAGAAGUAGUUCAAGCCUACAUGAGCCACAUUCAGAAGAGUGCCGAGUAUGCUGUGCGUGACUUAUUGAAAGAUGUGGGAGCACGUGUAUAUGAAAAAACUGGAGCCUACUCCUUGCAUGCUAUUGACUAUAUGGAUGAUGGUUCACCCAUAGAGCUGACUGUUGACAUAAAUCCUGAAGAUGGAACUGCUCUGUUUGAUUUUGGAGGCACAGGACCUGAAGUUUGGGGUAACUGCAAUGCACCAAGAGCCAUCACCGUGUCAGGCAUCAUUUACUGUCUGCGAGCAAUGGUUGCCCAUGAUAUACCACUCAAUCAGGGGUGUUUGAAACCAAUAACCAUCAAGGUCCCUCCAGGCUCCAUAUUGGACCCCUCGGAGGAUGCAGCUGUUGUGGGUGGCAACGUUCAGACGUCCCAGCGAGUUGUGGAUGUCAUCCUGCGUGCCUUUGGUGCCUGUGCUGCCUCCCAGGGCUGCAUGAAUAACAUUACCUUUGGGGAUGACAGUGUAGGAUACUAUGAGACAGUUGCAGGAGGAGCAGGGGCUGGUCCCGGGUGGCACGGGCGCAGUGGGGUCCAUGUGCACAUGACAAACACGCGCAUAACUGACCCAGAAAUCUUAGAACGCCGCUACCCUGUCAUUCUCAACAGGUUUACCUUGAACAAGAACACAGGGGGCAGUGGAAAGUUCAGAGGUGGUGAUGGUGUGGUACGAGAACUUCUGUUUCGACGACCUCUCACUCUUUCCAUUCUCACUGAGAGAAGAGUUUUUGCUCCUUAUGGUCUUGAAGGUGGUGAAGAUGGAAAAAGAGGUAACAACUUUUUGAUUAGGAAAAAUGGACGCAAGAUUCGUCUACACUCUAAAUCAUCCGUGAAAGUGGAGAAAGGCGACAUGUUUCAACUGCUGACUCCAGGAGGAGGAGGUUAUGGAAAGGCAGAUGAAAGCAACUCUGAUGACAGUUACACGGGACCUCCAGAGAAGAAGGCACGACACAUCCAGCGAGGGAGUGUGUUUGAGUUCAACCGAGCUCAAGAAAGUGUUUGAAGGUUUAUGCCUUUCACUUCCAGACAACUUUACACAUUUAGAGGCUCAUGGUAACCUUUAGGAAUUAUAAUUGUUCUUGCUCACCUACCCACAUAAUUUUAUGAGAAUUUAGAGAAGGGCAGUUUUUAGGUAAUAUAAUCAUUCUUGCCCACCUACCUACAAUGUACUAAUUUUAUGAAGACAGAAGGGCAGUUUUUAAUAAUUAUAAUCAUUCUUGCCCUUCCACCCACAUUUAUACCAAUUUUAUGAGGAUUUAGAGACUUCCCAUUCCAGAGGACAUUAUUUUGUAUGAACUAUUCCACAGGACAUUCACACUAGGAGAGUAAAGUAGUUAGGCUGCCUCACCUUUACUCUUGUGUUAUGAAGGGUGUCUGGAAAAGUUUACACAGUUUUGUCUAUUGGAAUGGAGAGUCAUCAUUUAGAAUUUUGGUAGAAGCUAUAGUACAUUUAAUUGAAACUUGCACCCAAGCCUAGGCUGCAUUUGUUAUGCUUCUCAUGAUUGACUAGAUUAUUUUCUUGUUCACAGGGAAGUAGGUGCCACCCACACAUGCUCAGGCGAUACACUUUUCUAUAUUUUUUGCCUUAGCUCAUCUCCUAUACAUGACUGACCAUUUCCGCUGGUAUAAUUAGACUCUGCAGGGAUUGCAGAACCCUAAUGUCUUUUGGCUGCUAAAACUUGGUAAUGGAAAAAUAACAAAGGAAUCGUGAGUAUAAAUGAAAGACCACUCAAAUAUUUCUAACACUUUUUGCAUCAUUAUCAUUUGCAGCAGCUAUUGAUACUGAAUUUAUCUUAACUCGUGAGGAAAGUCUCAAACACGAUGAUGCAGUAAGAUAAACCAGUAUAUAAGCAAAACAAUGAAUUAAAUCAAGGAAUAUGUUGCAUCCUCCGAAGGGUGCUUGGACGUGAGCUUAUUGGCGAUGUCAGCCCCUUAAUGUGUGCUUACUUUGUUCCCUGUUUAUUCUACCUCAGUUCUCAUUCAUCACAUGGUGUCAGAUUUCCACUCAUUCAUCAAGAACUUACUGGGAUUAUGUGUGAUAAGGUCAAAGUCUAAGAUAUAUCUAACACACUUGUAUGGUAACAUUACUCAUGAUGGUGCCACAGCUGGACACUACUGCUUCUGCUGCUCAUUGUCCUCCACUUCUUAGUCAAAUUCUGCAUUUUUAACUGAUUGAAGUGGCUUAAAAGGAUAAUGUAUACAAUAACUCAUUCAUUUGAAGGGGAUAACCCAUGUCUUGUUUUGUCAUUGUUCUUAUGAUUCUCAGCAGCUUCUGCUUUGCUGUUGUCAAUAUCUACAGCAGAUUGACCUCCCCAUAGCUGUUGCAAAUAGCAAUGGGCAUUUACAAUUUUAUCUUGACUAACUGGAUAUAUAUAUAUAUAUAUAUAUAUAUAUAUAUAUAUAUAUAUAUAUAUAUAUAUAUAUAUAUAUAUAUAUAUAUAUAUAUAUAUAUAUAUAUAUAUAUAUUAGUUACAUCACUAGUGGGGGCCACUGGUGUGGUCAAGGGGUCUUGGGAAAAGCUAUCCCCCCAAAAAAAACAAGGACAAAUACAUUUGGCACAAUUUCAGUAGUCCGGAAAAAUAAGUUGAAAUAAAAGACACCGUGUGAGGAAUGAGAUAAUGAGGUAGCUUGAGUGUUUGUUACGGGGAACAAAAAAAAGUGUACAUUAAAGGCUUAACACCAAUAAGCAGCAGCAGUUGUGUUACGACCAGGUGUUCCUCAGAGGACACUGUUUUUAGAAUAUCUGUGUUUAGCUUAUAGGGCAAGUUUAUCUGAUUACACCAUUGUAUUCAAGGACUUUUCUUCAUAAUUCAUCAUAUUUUGGUGUUGAUUCAAUAACUGCUGCAAAUGGCAAUAUGUGGGGGUAUGAACAUUUUGCACUUCUUCCAUUUUAUUACUCAAAAUUUCUUUAUUUUUAUCACUGAAGUCCAACUAACAAGGUUCUAAAUUCGAUGGCAAUUCUAAUGGUACCAACUAAUAUGGUUUCUACUGCAUAGGAACAGAGCUAAGGUAAAAGUAGAGGAACAUGCAACAGCCUUCUUCCAUGUUAGCAAGGAAACAGUCCAGUCAAUCAGGAGAGGCAUGAUAAAUGCAGCCUUGGAUCAGGUGCAAGCUUCAAUUGAAUAAUUAUAGUUAGUACUAAACUAUAACUAUACUAAACAAUAAUAGGAGUUUAUUCUCUCUCUCUCUCUCUCUUCUCAGCCCACAGUCACAUGACCCCCUCAGCCACAUAAAUAAUCUCUCUCUCCUCUCAUCUCAGCCCACAGGACCCCAGAGUACAUAUGUCACCUAGUCCCAUAAAUAAUUCUCUCUCUCUCUCUCUCUCUCUCUCUCUCUCUCUCUCUCUCUCUCUCUCUCUCUCUCUCUCUA